UUUCACGAUUCAGUGAGUUUAUUUUGUUUAAAGAUUUAGCUUAAGUUUCAGAAAGACUGAACCACGCACUGUUUGUGGAAGGUAAUGGGAGCGCAUCCAAACAAACAAAGCGCCUGCGCGAGAGACUUCAAUUUAAAUUGAUUGUAAUUAAUAAUAAUUUGUUGAAAGAAGCUUAAGAUGAACACGCCGGGUGUCAGCCUUUUUCAAGGCGCUGAUACACUCAAGAUUAAUUCGACGUUGGAACGCCAGGAAGAAGAAGAAGCACUGCAGGAUCAGAAGCGGCGUGAAGCAGAGUUGGGAAAUUUGCUAGAAAAUGCUUUCGAUGAUUUGGAUGACGACGAUGAGAGUACAAUUGACUCGACAACAACUUUUCCAUCGAAUUUACUGCCCACUCAUCCACUACCAUUAUUAGCAACAUUAUCCACGCAGCAAGAAAACCAGCCAGAGUACGCCAGUGAAAUGCAUAAACUGAAAAUGAUGCUAGAAUCCAAAACGCAUGAGCUGAGCAAUGUCAAACAAGUGGCCACAGAUGCGCAUAAGAAAAUCGAUGAGUACCAGAAGCGUUUGACUAUCACACAGGCAGAGUUGGAGCGAGCACUGCGCGAAAAACAACACACACACGAAUUGUUGGUAGAUAGUAAAGAGAAAUGCUCUCAUCUCGAUAAUAAUAUUGACAAACUACGAGCCGAGAAGAAAGCGCUGGAGACAGAAAAUACGCAGCUUGUGGGCAAAUUGGAGACGACACACACCUUGCUUGCCGAUACUCAGCGAAAGUAUGAAAUGGUAGAACGCGAUGCACAUCGGCGUGAUGAUCGUAACGCGGACUUACGUCUCAAGCAGAUAGAGGAACAUCAUCGUGCCCAAACAGAGCUAAUGCAGCAGCAGCUGAAUCAGGUGACAGAUCAAUUGGAUAAAAAGAAACAGGAGCUUGAUCAAAUGCAUAUGCGUUACAAUGCCUUGCAGUCCAGCCAUGAGUCGAUGCUGAUGGACAAAGCGUCAAAAAUCAAUGAGCUUAACGAGGCGCUGGACUUGGCGCAGCGUCAAUGUAAUCAGCUGGCUGCUAAGCCCAACUACGAGGCGGAGUACACGCAUCAGCAGCAGUGUAUAGCCGAUUUGCGUGCCCAGGUGGCCAGCAUGGAACAGACCAUUAAACAGCUUACGGAGCGUGUGAAUGGCACAACAGCUGAACUGGAUCACAUGGACACGCUGUUGCUGCAGCAUCAAACAGAUAUUGAGUCGCCCAAUCGUUUGCCUUCCCGUCUAAUGGGUAGCACGCCUUUGAGCACUGUUGAUCGCAUGGGACACAUUAAACAGGAACUCUACCGCGCGCUGGGAAACUUAAAAAACAAACGUGAGGAGGUGCGUAAGCUUGAGAAGCAGUUGGAUGAUCGCAGUGCUGAGUUGCGACAGCUGCGAGAUGAAGAGAACAAAACCCUGGUGCAGGUAGCCACGCUAAAGGAGGACAAGUUGCGAUUGGAGAGUCGCAUUAAGUUGCUGCAAGAUCAAUUGGAUGAUCGGAAUCACAGCUCAACGCUCAAUGUGUCCAAGCUACAAAGCGAGUUGGAUGCGCUCGAGUUAGAGCGCGAUGAACUGCGCAGGCAGACGGCAACACAGAACGAGACGCGCGUCAACCUCGAAGUACAAUUGAAGCAUUUGCAGGUAGAUUUGGAUAAACUGAGACAAGCGCAUGACGAUUUGAGGCAUAGGCACGAACAGCUGCAAGCGGACAAUUGUCAUGCCAACGGAGACAACGUGCAUCUGGAACUGGAACGGCACAAGAUACUUUUAAAAGAUGCGCAAGGCGAAGUGGAUCGCAUAAAGAAACUUUACACAGAUAUAGCCACCGAGAAGGAAGCGCUGGGCUAUCAGCUGCGUAAGCUGACCGAAACUGACAGCCUUAAGGAGUUGCAGGAACAGCGUCAGCAGCUGGCACAGCUGCAGCGCAAUGUGCAGCUGGCCGAGCUUAAGUCACAGGAGCUUAGUAAGAUACUUGACACAGAGAAGACACGCCACGAGCGAGAGCUGCAGACUAUACGCGAAAAAUGGGAGCGUGAGAAGCACGAAGAAGUGGUCAAGGCGGCUAAGGAGAGCUCUAGCAACUGUAGCAAAUGCAUUGAUCAGCUGGCAGAGAUUACCAAGAUUGAGAUACAAAUGUUAAAGCUGCAGAAUGUGAACUCGUUGCAAACGAAUGAGCUGAAGGAGAUAACACAACAAUUGGAGCAGUCCAAGAUGUUACAACAGCAGAUGGACCUGAAGGUGAAACAGGGACUUGAACAACAGCACCAGAUAACGGAACUCAAAGCCAAACUGGAGCAAUAUCAGCAGCAACUCAAGCGAGAGGCAGCUGAUGCUACCGAUGCAGCCACAUUACCAAGCGCAUCACCUACUUCACCCGAGAUGACACAGGCGCGCGUCAAGAGUAUAGAGCAGCGUGUGCGUGAUGAGAUGGCUAAAUUAUUUGCCGUUGAGUUAAAGCGCUUUACCACACGCCUGCAACAAUCAGAAGAGAAGUGUCUAUGCCUGCAGCGGGAAUAUCAAUUGGUUUGCCGUGAUCUACAUCAACGCCAGACUGAAGUUGAGCUGCUGAAGCAAACAAUACUAGCAGAGCGUGAAGAAAUGCAAGAGAUGCUAGUAGAUAAGGAUGAUAAGCAAAAACAGAUGCUCCAGAAGUGCCGCAAUGAGCUACAGGCAAAGAAUCAACGCAUUUCCGACUUGUUGCGUGAACUGGAUGAGCAGCAUGCAAGCAUCGAGUCAGAGCGUCACUCAAUGAAAACCGUUAUGGCCGAAUGGGACAAGCAAAAGCAAUCUAUUGAGCAAGUGGAACAGCAUUGGCGUGCACAAUUGGAGCAACAGCGUGAAGCACACGAAGAAGCUUCAAGAGCUUUACAGCAACGUUACCUCAGCGCAAAACGUACAGCGCACAACUACAAGAUGUACGCUGAGGAUAAAGAGGCACAUAUGAAGCGUGAAUAUGAACGUAUCAAAGUAGAAUAUCAGACAUCAAUUACGAAAAUCGAAGCUACCAUGAAUCAGCAUCUGCAGAGUAAAAGCCGCGAACAACAACCGCGCCAGCGUAAGCAACAGAACAAAGAGAACCAACCUAGCAAUAAAUAAAAAACUAAUAAUCAUUUAGUUCAUUGUUAAUGUGCACUUUUUAAAUGGUAAUUGUUUAUUAUUUAUAAAUAAAUUUACAUUCCGACGAC